UCUGGGGGUGGCAGGGGUGACGUGACUUCUAGCCAACUCGCCCAGUCCCCAAACCUGCCUGGCAUGAGCUCCAGGGCUGCCCCGCGGCUCCGGACACUCCAGGGACACCUGGGCUCCCCGGAGCUGGUGUGGACACAAGGCUGGCUCCCGACGCUCAUUCCUGUCCCUCUCACGGCCCAGGGCAGAGGCAUGGAGUCAGUCAGCAGCCCACUGACUACACAUGUGCUGGAUACUGUCUCAGGGCUCCCGGCCCAGGGCCUCUGCCUCCGUCUGUCCAGGCUUGAGGAUCAUGGCCAGCAGUGGACUGAGCUGAGGAAAAGCUACACCAACCCCGACGGCCGCUGUCCCGGGCUCCUGCCGCCAAGCCAGGUGAAGACGGGCACCUACAAGCUGUCCUUCGACACGGAGGGCUACUGGAAGGAGAGGGGCCAGGAGAGCUUCUACCCCUACGUGGAGGUCGUUUUCACCAUCACAAACGAGACCCACAAGUUCCACGUGCCCCUGCUGCUGAGCCCAUGGUCUUACACCACAUACCGAGGGAGCUAGUGGCUGAGCCACUGUCGCACCACUGACCACCAGCUGGCCUACGAGUGCAGACCCCGUCACCGUGGCAGGCUGAGCCGCUCCCAACCAGCACAGUGAGCUCCGGGCUCUCACUCCUGGGGUGUUCUGGCCCCGUCUCCCGGUGGCAGCUGUGACUCGGGCUUCGAUAAAGUCAGUGUUGGCGGCUG